AGUCAAUCACUAAGAGUUAGCCUGAAGGCUGGGAGGUGAGCGCUUUCAACGCGUGUUCUUCGCUGGUCUGCUUGUGAAGUUCCAGCCUCAUGGCGGAGAUAAUUCAGGAACGCAUAGAAGAUCGAAUUCCGGAGUUGGAACAGCUGGAGCGCAUCGGACUCUUCAGUCGUGCGGAGAUUAAGGCUAUCAUCAAGAAGGCUUCUGACCUAGAAUACAAAAUACACCGGAGAAACCUUCACAAGGAAGACUUUAUCAGCUAUGUUCAAUAUGAAAUUAAUCUUUUGGAGCUGAUCCAGAGAAGAAGAGCAAGAAUUAAAUAUUCAUUUAAGAAGGAUGAGAUUGAAUAUUCUAUGGUACAUCGGGUACAAGGUAUCUUUGGUCGUGCUUCAGCGAAGUGGAAAGAUGAUGUCCAGCUUUGGCUGUCCUACAUAGUCUUUUGUAAGAAAUGGGGUACCAAAGCUCAUCUUAGCAAGAUAUUCUCUAACAUGCUUGCCAUUCAUUCAAACAAGCCAGCUUUGUGGAUCAUGGCAGCCAAAUGGGAAAUGGAAGAUCGCCUGUCUUCAGAAAGCGCCAGGCAGCUAUUUCUUCGGGCUCUACGCUUUCAUCCCGAGUGUCCAAAGCUGUAUCAAGAAUACUUUAGGAUGGAGCUGAUGCAUGCUGAGAAACUGAGAAAGGAAAAGCAAGAAUUUGAGAAAGCCGCCAUGGACAUGGGGGAUUUCGAUCAUCCUGAGGAAAUCCUUAAAGGCGAGUUGGCACGGAUCGUUUACAAAAGUGCUGUAAGCAAGAUUAAAGGUGCGGAAUUCCAUGUGUCUCUUCUUGCUAUUUCUCAGCUGUUUGAUUUUGCCAAAGAUCUACAGAAGGAGAUUUAUGACGACCUUCAAGCUCUGCACACUGAUGACCCACUCACCUGGGACUAUGUGGCACGGCGAGAGUUAGAGAUUGAGUCCCAACCAGGUGAAGAGCAGCCUGUAUCAAAACAAGCCAAAGCAGUGGAAAUGGGCCGAAGGGAAGAAAGGUGCUGUGCCGUGUAUGAAGAGGCAGUGAGGACCCUGCCUACAGAGGCCAUGUGGAAGUGUUACAUCACCUUUUGCUUGGAGAGGUUUUCUAAGAAGACCAGUAGUGUGUCUCUCAGGGGGCAGAGGCUGGAAAGAACCAUGCGUGCAUUCAGGAAGGCCCAUGAACUGAAGCUCCUCUCUGAAGUCCAGUACAAGCAGUGGAUUGACUUGCUGCUGCGCCAGGACCUCUUCAAAGAAGCUCUACAGGUAGCAGAAGCUGGCACUGAGUUGUUCAAGGACUCUGUCACAAUGUGGCAGACGAAACUGCUAGUGCUCAUCGACUCAAAGAGCCCAGAUGUAGGGGUGCACUUUGAAGAAGCCUUUGCACACCUCAAACCGCAGGUUUGCCUGUCCUUGUGGAUUUCUUGGGCAGAGUGGAGUGAAAGUGUUGAAAGUCAGGAGGACACGGAAGCCAUCUUUAAGAGAGCUCUCUUAGCUGUCACAGGUGCCAAUUCAAUAACUCUGAAGGAGAAAUACCUGGACUGGGCUUAUCGGAGUGGAGGCUACAAAAAGGCCAGAGCAGUGUUUAAAAGUUUACAGGAAAGCCGUCCAUUUUCAGUUGAGUUUUUCAGGAAAAUGAUGCAGUUUGAGAAGGAGCAGGACUCCUCUAAGAUGGUGAACCUGAGGGAGUAUUACGAGAGGGCGUUGAGAGAGUUCGGGUCUACAGACUCUGAUCUUUGGCUGGAUUACAUGAACGAAGAAUUGAACCAUCCCUUCGGUAAACCUGAGAACUGCGGACAGAUCUAUUGGCGAGCCAUGAGAAUGCUACAGGGACAGUCAGCAUCGAUGUUUGUAGCUAAACACGCCAUGCAUCAGGCUGGCCACUAGGGAGGAGUGCCACCAAUUUGCUGAACCUGUAUUGCAAGUCUUGGGCAGGCUGGUGACAGUCGUGUGUGAGCUGUGGAGAGCUGGCGGGAUUGAUCUUUGUUACCUGGUACUCUGACUUGUCAUUAUUCUUUGGUUCCAGAAAGGAGAACUGCUGGUGCCUAUCAAAUCUAAACACAGAACUCAUUCGGUUCAGUUCCAUUUCUCGUUCCAGGCAAAGCAUAUACUGCUCUAGUCUAGAGUUGGUAUGAGGGAGCCGGUUCAAACCCAAGAGGAAGUAUUUUUUUGUGUGUCUUCUUAUUGUGAAAGCCUGCAUGAUGGCUGUGGGGAUAGGAGGGACUAGGGUGUGGACGGACUGCCUCGACCCUCCAGCUCCUGAAUAAUGAUCCAGAGACUUUAUUUAUGAAAGCUGAGGCCUUAUGGCUUAGGCUUGUUCCCAACUGUUUCCUAUAAAUUAAUCCUAUCUAUAUUCAUCCACAUUUACCACAUGGUUGGUCACCUCUCCUCAGUCCCAUAUGACGAGUUCCAGGUCUGGCUGGCAGGUCUCCCACCUCUCAAUUCUUCCCAGAGUUCCUCUCUGCCUGGAUGUCCCACCUUUCCUCUCCUGCCCUGCUCUAGACCAUCAGCUAUUAAACCAAUCAGAAAGUGAUGGAGACGAAUAUUUAUGAAAUAGGAAGCAGGUGAUGCUUCAUAAAGAUAACAGUUCCAAAGUCCGGACAGUACUCAGCACUCCAUUGGUAAAGAAAUCAACAUUUGAAUAAUUCAAAGACAACCUUUACACAGUGCCCAAGGUUAUCCCAGCACAGGGCAGUGCAGAGCGGAGAGCCGUGUGAUCUAAGAGGCUGAACAAAGUAACUGUGUUAUCUGUAUCUGAAUUGCAUUUGUACUUUUAAAUCAACCAUUCAAGAAAUACGAGCCUUCCUUCACCUACAAGAAAGAAAGGAGGCUGAGAAUAUGAGGAACAGGGAGGAGCUGGGUACUGGGAGAAGUUUGUCCUUUAGGAGGGUUACGGUGGUACAGAAAGUGAUUUAGCCCAAGGAUGGACAGGCCAAGGACUGUAUCAAGGAGGCCCGAGCAGGGGAGGAAGCUGAAAUAAAUCCUUUCACUUUUUUUGAUACUGGGUUUUGUUUUGUUUGUUUGUUUUUGAUAAACCUAAAUAUGCCUUUGGUAGGAGCUUUACCACUGAGUCAGAUCCAGCUGUCUUUUUAUUUUCUGUUUUUGAGCAGGUCUUGAAAGUUUUGGCUGGCCUUGACAGUUCUCAAGUCUAGGUGGGCCUUGAACUUUGAAUCCUCUUGCCUCAGCCUCUCAAGGGGCUGAGAUGAGCCCUGAACAACUAGACCUGGGUUUAACUUAAUAUUGUGAUAUCAUUGGAAGAGUAUUCAGAACAAGUCACUGAAUAGUAAGCCUUAAUUCAUGUUAAUUCAUUUAAUAACGUGGGAAGCACCUAAUGAAUUCAUAGCAUUCCAUUGCCUUAUUCAUUAAUCUCCUGUGGGUAGAGCUUGCCAUCUAUUAUUUCUUUAAAUUAUAAAUGGUAUUGGUGAAGAUUCUGUCAGUCUUUGGUCACAUUCACUGGUACUUCCUUGGGGGACUUAUUUGACAGUGAAAGUGCUGAAUUUAGGUAAAGGAAUGAAAUUCGCCAAUCUGCUCUUUCCAGCAUCAAAUGCAAGAGGCACCAACACCCUUGUCAGCACUGGGGAUUACGUACUUCAUUUCCAUUGUUUUAUAAUUCACCAUUCAGUAAAUGAAAGCGAUACGUCAUUGCUUAAACUACUUUUUCUUAUGGACUCAUGUUUUAAAAAUACAUCAAGAGGGCCUGGAGUUAAGAGCACUGACUGCUCUUCCUGAGGUUCUGAGUUCAAUUCCCAGCAACCACAUGGUGGCUCACAACCAUCUGUAACGAGAUCUGAUGCCCUCUUCUGGUGUGUCUGAAGACAGUGACAAUGUACUCAUAUACAUAAAAUGAAUAAAUAAGUCUUUAAAAGAA